CUUGGACCACACAAGGCUAGCUGGACACAAGUGUGUGAGUGAGUAAACGCUGCUGCCAGUGGCCUGAAAUUAAGGUGAAAGCCAAAUCUCAGUAAAAUCGCAACACUGGUGCAAGUGCUAUGAUGAACCUGACAGAAGUUCAUGGCGGGAGCCUUUUUAAUGAAGCGAAUGCAUCUGACAAUUUUACCCUGGCCUCCCUGAACAUGCCAAUAAACAACACAAUCAAUAUACUAACUAUCCUCAACCUUUUUAUCACCAUGAUAUCCCUGGGCUGCACAAUGGAGAUUUUCAAAAUGAAGGCCUAUCUCUUCAAGCCAAAAGGAGUAGCCAUUGCCCUGCUGUCCCAGUUCUGCAUCAUGCCCAUUACCGCUUUCAGUCUUGCCAAAAUCCUGCAGAUGGAGCCCAUAAAGGCAGUGACCGUGCUUAUCUGUGGGUGCUGUCCUGGGGGAACCUUAUCAAACAUUUUUUCUCUUGUUAUGAAAGGCGACAUGAACCUCAGCAUUGUGAUGACCACUUGCUCCAACAUUGCAGCCCUGGGUCUGAUGCCUUUGCUGCUGUAUAUCUUCUCUCAAGGCUUCACUGGAUUGGAAAAUGCCAUGCCGUAUGUCGGCAUCCUCACCGCUCUUGCUUUCACCCUGGUGCCUUGUGCUUUCGGCAUCGCUAUUAAUCACUUCAAACCAAACACCGCAGUGACGGUCAAAAAAGUUGGUCUCAGUAUUUUGAUCAUCUCCAGCAUCAUUAUUUGCAUCCUGGCCUUCUAUAAUGUCAGAAAUGUAAUAUGGAUGAUCCUCAUGCCCGAUGCUCUUAUUGCAGCUUCACUGAUGCCCCUGAUUGGCUUUACACUGGGAUAUGCCACGUCUGCCUUAUGCAGACUCAGUCCACAAUGCAGCAGGACCAUCUCCAUGGAGACUGGAUGUCAAAACAUCCAGCUGUGCAUUACAAUCCUAAAGGUGGCCUUUUCUCCUGAGGUUAUUGGGGCCAUGUUUCUCUUCCCUCUGUUAUACAUCACAUUCCAGUGCGCUGAGGUCUUUCUCUUCACUCUGGGCUUCAGAUGUUAUCAAAGAGUCAAGCCACCAGCUGAGGACCAGUGUUGAUCCUCAAGACAGAGGCGAAGCGACCAUGAGAGCAUCAUUGAUGAUAUUCCAGCGCUGGCGAAGGGUACAAGGAACAGAUUCGCACAUGAGAGAAUAAAGCCACCCAGUGCCCUUACUUUAUGUCAUCUGCCUGUUCAAAGAUCAGGGCAGCGACACUGAGGAGGUGUCUCUUCAUAACGAUUAUUUAAGUGUCAUCUGCUCUUUUCACUCAGAUGUAUCUCAGAUGCAACAAUGAAAAAACUGUCCAACAGCCAACUGUAACACCUUAAAUUAUAUUUAAUUAAAAUGACUGUGAGAUAUAUACAGAGGAAACUUAAAUCUUUUGGUUUUUACAUAUAUUAAAAUACCAUUUUCACAAAAAAAAUAAAAUCCAUUCAACAAUCCCAAGGUAAACUCAAUGGACCAUCAAACAAAGUGAACACUUAACAUUACACAAUCUGUACACUUAUUUUUUUUGUGUUGGAUCUUCCCAACCACAUU